CUGCCCUCGGUGGAAGGCGGGCCGCUGGAGUUCCCAAAGCUGCCCGGGCGGCGGCGGAGGCGCGGCGGCUGGAGAAUUAAACUUGGGCAGAGGAAGGGAGGAGGCGCAGCGCCGAGCAGCCAGCCAGCCAGCCAGGGAACCAGAGAAGCGGGUUAACUCCAAGUAUGGCAGGCGAGCUGGAGGCUACCGAGGCCGGCGGAGGCUGAAGCGCGUUGGCUGGGCGAACGGAGCCCGGGCUCGGCGGCCACCACCACCAGCAGCAGCAGCCGGGGCGGCGGGCUCGGCCAAGCUUCCCCCCCCCCCCGCAGUCCAGCAUCGGCAUGGCUCGCUGGAUCCCCACCAAGCGGGAGAAGUAUGGCGUGGCCAUCUACAAUUACAAAGCAGUCCUGGAUGUGGAGCUCUCUUUACAGGUUGGAGAUACUGUUCACAUCCUGGAGAUGUAUGAAGACUGGUACAGAGGCUACAGCCUUCGAAAUAAAUCCAAAAAGGGUAUCUUCCCAUCAACCUACAUUCAUCUCAAGGAAGCGACGGUGCAAGAUGGUGGACAAAAUGAGACAGUAAUUCCUAGUGAACUUCCAUUGGUCCAAGAACUCACCUCUACUUUGCGAGAAUGGGUAGUCAUCUGGCAUAGGCUUUAUGUGGAGAACAAAAGCUCCCUCUUUCGCCAUGUACAGCAGAUGACCUAUAGUCUGAUUGAAUGGCGAUCCCAGAUCCUAUCAGGCACUCUUCCCAAGGAUGAGUUGGCUGAACUCAAGAAGAAAGUCACAGCCAAAAUCGAUUAUGGCAACAGGAUUUUGGGACUGGAUCUAGUGGUGCGAGAUGAUAAUGGGAACAUAUUGGAUCCAGAUGUUACCAGCAUGAUUUCACUCUUUAAAGCACAUGAGACAGCAUCCAAAAGAAUUGACGACAGGAUCCAAGAAGAAAAGUCUCUUCAACAGAACGUAGAUCUACGAGGACAGUCUAUCUUUAAUACAACUCACACUUACAGCCUGUACAUCAAUUUCAAGAAUUUUGUCUGCAAUAUUGGCGAGGAUGCAGAGCUGCUUAUGAGCCUUUAUGAUCCAGACCAAUCCAAAUUUAUUAGUGAAAACUACCUGGUUCGUUGGGGAAGUAAUGGAAUGCCGAAGGAAAUUGAAAAGCUUAACAACCUUCAAGCUGUCUUUACGGAUCUCAGCAGUUCUGACUUGAUCCGGCCUCGAGUCAGCCUGGUGUGUCAAAUAGUCCGAGUUGGCCACAUGGAGUUGAAAGAAGGCAAGAAGCAUACUUGUGGCCUCCGGAGACCUUUUGGAGUAGCAGUGAUGGACAUUACAGAUAUCAUCCACGGGAAGAUGGAUGAUGAAGAGAAGCAGCAUUUUGUUCCCUUUCAGCAGAUUGCCAUGGAAACAUACAUCAGGCAACGGCAGUUAAUCAUGGCACCUUUAAUAACCUCUCACGUGAUUGGAGAGAAUGAGCCUCUCACAUCAGUCUUCAACAAAGUUAUUGCAGCCAAGGAAGUGAAUCAUAAAGGGCAAGGCCUCUGGGUGUCUCUGAAACUGCUGCCUGGUGAUUUAGCUCAGGUUCAGAAGGAUUUUUCUCAUCUCAUUGACAGAUCAACAGCUGUUGCCCGCAAAAUGGGAUUCCCGGAGAUUAUAUUGCCUGGUGAAGUUCGGAAUGAUAUCUACAUCACUCUGUUGAAUGGAGAGUUUGACAAAGGGAAAAAGAAGACUCCUAAGAAUGUUGAGGUUACUAUGUCAGUUCAUGAUGAAGAUGGAAACAUUUUAGAGAAAGCUAUCCAUCCAGGUGCUGGUUAUGAAGGUAUUUCAGAAUACAAAUCAGUUGUCUACUACCAAGUCAAGCAACCUUGCUGGUAUGAAACUGUAAAGGUCUCCAUAGAAAUAAAAGAAGUUGGUCGCUAUCACUUAAGAUUUACUUUCCGUCACCGUUCAUCACAGGAAUCAAGAGAUAAAUCCGAACGGGCUUUUGGGAUGGCCUUUCUGAAGCUGAUGAAUGUAGAUGGUACCACUCUGCAGGAUGGCAGGCAUAAUUUAUUAGUCUACAAGGGUGAAAACAAAAAAAUGGAAGAUGCUAAGUUUUACUUGACGCUUCCCAGCACCAAGAUGGAAGUAGAAGACAGAGAUGUAGUUGCAUCCAAGCAACACAUGACCAAUUUUACUCUCAAUAAAGAUAGCACCAAGGACAGCUUUCAGAUUGCAACACUCAUCUGCUCGACAAAACUGACACAGAAUGUUGACUUGCUAGGAUUGUUGAAUUGGCGUUCAAACUCUCAGAAUAUAGGACACAAUCUGAAGAAGCUGAUGGACGUGGCAGGAGGAGAAAUUGUUAAGUUUUUACAAGAUACACUUGAUGCGCUAUUCAGUAUAAUGAUGGAGAUGUCUGACAAUGAAUCCUACGAUUUUCUUGUAUUUGAUGCAUUGGUAUUUAUCAUUUCCCUGAUUGGAGAUAUCAAGUUUCAGCAUUUUAAUCCAGUACUGGAAACCUACAUUUAUAAACACUUUAGCGCCACCUUGGCCUAUGUAAAACUCACCAAGGUUUUGAAUUUCUAUGUCGGGAAUGCAGAUGAUUCUACUAAGACAGAUUUGCUUUUUGCUGCUCUGAAAGCUUUGAAGUACCUCUUCAGGUUCAUAGUACAAUCAAGAGCUCUUUACCUAGGAUUUUAUGGCAAAAGCGAAGAUGGGGAUGAGUUUAACAAUGCCAUUCGCAAGCUAUUCCUCUCCUUUAACGUCCUCAUGGAUAGACCACUUGAAGAAGCGGUCAAAAUCAAGGGUGCUGCCUUGAAGUAUUUGCCAAACAUUAUUAAUGAUGUCAAACUAGUCUUUGAUCCAGUGGAACUGAGUAUCCUUUUUAGCAAAUUUAUUCAAAGCAUCCCCGAUAAUCAGCUUGUCCGUCAGAAGCUCAAUUGUAUGACCAAGAUUGUGGACAGUGACCUCUUUCGUCAGUCUGAAUGCCGUGACGUUCUUCUCCCCCUGCUGGUAGACCAGCUAAGUGGACAACUGGAUGAUAAUUCUCACAAACCGGACCAUGAAGCCUGCUCACAGUUGCUUAGCAAUAUUCUUGAGAUACUUGAUCGGAAAGAGGUGGGUCCAACGGCAGAUCAUAUCCAGUUGAUAAUGGAGCGGCUUCUGAGGAGGAUAAACCGGACCGUGAUUGGAAUGGGAAGACAAUCUACUCACAUUGGUAGUUUUGUAUCCUGCAUGACAGCCAUCUUAAGACAGAUGGAUGAUUCCCAUUAUAAUUACUACAUCAGCACUUUCAAAACCAGGCAGGAUCUUAUUGAUUUUCUGAUGGAAACUUUCAUCAUGUUUAAAGACCUAAUUGGAAAAAAUGUCUAUGCAAGUGACUGGAUGGUGAUGAAUAUGAUGCAGAGCAGGAUUUUCCUUCGAGCCAUAAAUCAAUAUGCCUCUGUGCUCAACCGUUUCUUUUUGGAUCAGGCAAGCUUUGAGCUCCAGCUAUGGAAUAAUUACUUCCAUUUGGCAGUGGCCUUUCUUACUCAUGAAUCCCUUCAACUGGAGACUUUUUCCCAGGCUAAACGGAACAAGAUAAUGAAAAAAUAUGGAGAUAUGAGGAAGGAAAUUGGCUUCCAGAUAAGGGACAUGUGGUACAACCUUGGGCCCCAUAAGAUCAAGUUCAUCCCUUCCAUGGUGGGCCCAAUUCUAGAAGUGACCUUGACGCCAGAGCCUGAGUUGCGAAAAGCAACCAUCCCUAUCUUUUUCGACAUGAUGCAAUGCGAAUUCAACUUCAGUGGGGGCAGAAAUUUCCGCAUGUUUGAAAAUGAGCUGAUCACUAAACUAGACCAAGAAGUGGAAGGCGGUCGAGGAGAUGAACAGUACAAGAUCUUGCUGGAGAAACUCCUCCUGGAGCACUGCCGGAAGCAUAAAUAUCUAUCAAGCUCAGGCGAAAUCUUUGCCCUGUUGGUUAGCAGUUUGCUUGAAAACCUUUUGGACUACCGAGCGAUUAUGCAUGAUGGGAGCAAGGAGAACCGCAUGAUUUGCACUGUCAACUUACUGAAUUUUUAUAAGGAAAAGAAAAGAGAAGACAUAUACAUCAGGUACUUAUAUAAGCUUCGAGAUUUGCAUACUGAUUCUGAAAGCUACACUGAGGCAGCCUACACACUCCUGCUUCAUGCGGAGUUACUUCAGUGGUCUGACCAGCCAUGUGCUCAGCAUCUGCUUCAGAGGGACAGCUAUUACGUCUACACACAGCAGGAACUCAAGGAGAAGCUUUACCAAGAAAUCAUUGUCUUCUUCGACAGAGGCAAAAUGUGGGAGAAGGCCAUCCAGCUAAGCAAAGAAUUGGCUGACAUGUAUGAGAACAAAGUCUUUGAUUAUGAGAGCCUUGGAAAUCUCUUGAAAAAGCGGGCCACGUUCUAUGAGAACAUCAUGAAAGCAAUGAGGCCUCAACCAGAAUAUUUUGCUGUUGGGUACUUUGGCCAUGGAUUUCCUUCCUUCCUUAGGAACAAGAUGUUCAUCUACCGUGGAAAGGAAUAUGAAAGGAGGGAGGACUUCAUUGUCAAACUGCUCACCCAGUUUCCAAAUGCUGAGAAAAUGAGCAGCACCGUCCCACCAACGGAAGUUGUCAAAGCUUCUCUUAAGCAAUAUAUACAGUGUUUCUUAGUUAAGCCUGUCAUGAACCUUCCUCCAAGCUACAAAGACAAGCCGGUUCCAGAGCAGAUUCUAAACUUUUAUAGAUCCAAUGAAGUGCAACAGUUCCAACACUCGCGGCCUUUCAGAAAAGGGGAAAAACAUCCUGAGAAUGAAUUUGCAACUAUGUGGAUAGAACGUACCACCUAUACAACAGCCUAUUCUUUUCCCGGAAUCCUUAAAUGGUUUGAAGUCAAGCAAGUCACUAUGGAGGAAAUCAGCCCACUGGAGAAUGCCAUUGAAACCAUGGAGCGGACAAAUGAGAAGAUCAGUAACUGCGUCCAACAACAUGCUUGGGACCGCACCCUGCCUGUCCAUCCCCUCUCCAUGCUCUUGAACGGCAUUGUGGAUCCAGCAGUAAUGGGUGGUUAUACCAACUAUGAGAAGGCCUUUUUCAUUGAAAAAUAUAUUCAGGAACACCCUGAAGAUCAAGAAAAGAUUGAAUUACUCAAGCAACUGAUUGCCCUACAGAUGCCUUUGCUGGCUGAAGGGAUUAGAAUCCAUGGGAAGAAACUGACCGACCAACUGAAGCCUCUUCAUGAUAGGCUAACCUCUUGCUUUAAGGAGCUGAGAGAGAAAGUGGAGAAGCUCUACGGUGUGAUCACCCUGCCUUCCUCGCUGACGGAAAGAAAGCAGAGCAGGUCUGGUUCAGUGGUUUUGCCAUACAUUAUGUCCUCCACAUUGAGAAGGCUGUCUGUUACCUCUGUCACUUCUUCAGUCGGAUCAACUUCAUCUACAUCGUCUGAUAGUGUUUCCUCCAGACCAGGAUCUGAUGGAUCUAUUCUUGAGCCACUGAUGGAAAGGAGAAUUUCAGCAGCUUCUAGGAUGGAAGAACAGACUGCCAAAGAUGAUGCGGAGAACCGGGCUAAUAAAUUCCGUCGGAAAGACUGGAGUCUCAGUAAAUCUCAGGUUAUUGCAGAGAAGGAGCCAGAGGCUGAGUUGGCUUCCAAAACGAAUGCAACAGGAAAAGCACCCAGGCCAAAGAGCCUGCAACUGGGGGAAAGCAAACUAACUCUGCUUCAGAACUCAUCCCUUCAACAAGCCUCGGCACUCAGCCCACCACCCAAAACACCGAGAACUCAAAGUUUCCCUUCUCUGCAAGCAGAUGGAUUAACAACCGUUAACUUACAGAGUUCUCCUCCCCCACCGCCCCCCAAAUGCAAGCCCUAUGAGAAUAGCAGCUCCAGAAACUCCACAGAGGUGGCUCCACCUCUACUCACCAGGAGAGAAAUCAAACCGCCACCGCCGCCUCCUAAAACUAGGAAAUCCAGUGUCUUUUCUUUAGAGCCAGAACUACAAUGAGGACUCUACAUCAUGUUGUCUCCUUGCAUCUGGGACUGAAUGUCUGAUGCUUUGUGGACAUAUCUCUGGUUCUCCAGAGCUUCUCAGAAUUGGCUUCUUCCGGCUGGACAGCUUCGCCCUCCAUUCCUGCACAAAUUUUGGGGAUGUGCACAAAAACCAGCUGCUAGAGAUUUUGUCAAAGCUGCUGUUUUGGCUUUCCUGGCUUCUGAGUCUCCUAUAGAUGUCCCAAGACAUCUUCUGAUCAUCUGUGGCAUAUCAGGGCUUCUGCAAGACUAAAGAAACCAGAUUGUGUCAUCCAGCAAUCCUUGCUCCACCACUGAUAAAACACCAGCAGUGCAGAAAUUCUCCCAGUGGAAUCGCUCUCCUAACAACCAAGAUCUUCCUUGGUCUUGAAACAGUUAAGCGGCACCCUGUGAAAACACACACUUGUCCCUAGAGUGGAUUUGCACGACACUUUGUUGCACUUGGACAAUGGAGAUACGGUUUCCAUCAGUCUCACUGGCCAGCAGUAAGAGAUCUUGGAACAGGAUAAGCCUGAUAUAAGAGGAAGGAUUCUUUGGCCUGCUUAGCAUAGGCACUCUUUGCCUGUUCAUUCCAAACUUGCAACAAAAACCACUCAACUUCCCAGACCUCUGUUGGAAUAUAUGGAUUUGUAUAUGACAACACAGAGCACUGGACAGACCUGCAGAUUCUAUCAUGCUGAGAUAUUACUUUCUAUCUACAUGCUUUGCUUUUCCAGUGAUAUGAAAGUGGAUAAAAAAGAAAAGAAUACUGGCAUCUGUCUAUUCCCGUAAGUUGACCAACGGUGUCCUUGAAAGUCUUAUGUCUCCUCUUCUUUCCAGUGUGUGCAAACUCUGUCAAAUACACCACCAAUUCCUUCUUUUGCUGCACACUGUUCCAAAGGCCUACACUACUGUAUCUUUGGAGACUUGUUUAACUGAAUUCUGGAUGUAUUUUUUUUCUUGCAUUAAUGUGCUGAAAAUACCUAAAGGUGUAAUUAUCCUUGGAAAUUUGAAGAAUGGACUGCAUGUGAAAGUGCUCCAUGGUUUUCCAAGCUAGAACUGAUAGACCAGGACUGGAUAGCAACUUAAAUGUCUUACUGAAAUCUUUGCUAAAAUCCAAGUGGAUGUAUAGCUGACCGUUGACUUCUAGAUUCUUACUAUAUCUCCAUUUUGUAUGUCUUAUUGUUGAAAGCUGCCUCUGUGUUUACUUGUUUAUAACAGAAGCUCAGGGCUCAGCCCUCAUGGGACUCAAAAUUAUCUCAGAGAUAGUUCACAUAAUUGGAGUAUGCUAUCUCUGUCCAUCUUAAGUUAUGGAUGGAGGUUAUGAGCUAGGUUCAUAUAUCACAUGAUGCCAUGCUUUAACAAUUAUUUCCAAACCUCUAUGUUUGACCACGUAUGAGGUUUAGCCAAACACCAAUUUACUGUAUUACAGCUUAGCAUGGUGCAUGAACCCAGCUACAGUGUAGAUAUUUAUUCACAGUGUAAAUGCACUGCACAAGACUAUUUUCUAAUGGUGGGUAGUUGGGCAUCCUUGCCCACAGACUAUGAUUUGAUUGUAUUGAUCAUUGCUGAAUGGUAAGCACUUGUCCAAGUGCUUCAGAAGAUGUUCAUUGACAUUAAUCCUUAUGGCUGCAUCAUGCCUUCAAAGUUUAUAGACUGAUUGUUUGUUUGUUUUUAAAAAGAAUUUAGAACAUCUGUGAUUGGGGGGAAAAAACCCAACAGCCUAAGAUGCAUUCCCCUGAUGAAGCAGAGGGCAUAGACAUUGAAUUAGCAGACUACAGCUGUUGAAAUUAGCCCGUGGAUUUGACUCUGAAUGUCAGUAGAUUAAUAUUAUAGGGCGGAUCCAAACUAUUUAAUUGGCAUACAAGAGAAAAAAUGCAUUUAUAGAGAAAUGCUUGGCUCUGUUUGUCAUUCCUCAAACUUAUGCACCAGCAGAAAUUUAAUGCGCUCAGUGGUAAAGCUUACUUUGUUUACUGAA